AUGAGGAGACGCAGGUUGCCUAAUUCCUGGCAGAUCCUGAGGAAGGAACUGGGGCUGUACCAGCUCGGCAUGGAUGUCAUAAUGAUGAUUCGAGUGUGUAAAAUGUUCCGCCAAGGCCUCAGAGGAUUCCGAGAAUAUCAAAUCAUUGAGCCUGCUUACAGAAGGCACCCAAUUUUCUCCUUUUGGGAUAAAAGGAAGAAUUGCCGGAUCACAUUUGACACCAUGGACUUCGUUGCUGAGGGGGGUCACUUCCCUCCGAGGGCUAUUCAGACCACGCGGAAGAAACCUUCCUGGAGGACAGAGGAGGAGAUCCAAGCGCUCUGCAACGUCCUGCAGGUUCUGGACAGCUACCGGAACUACACAGAGUCCCUGCAGCUACUCCUGGCCAAGGUUAUGCGCUUCGAACGGUUUGGUCGCAGGCGUGUGAUCGUCAAGAAAGGGCAGAGGGGCAACAGCUUCUAUUUCAUCUAUCUGGGCACAGUCGCGGUGACCGAGGAUGAUGAUGGCAGCAGCGCCUUUCUGGACCCUCACCCGACAUUGCUGCACAAGGGUGGCUGUUUUGGGGAAAUGGGUCUUCUGAACUCUGCAGUAAGGAGGGCCACCGUGGUGUGCAUGGAAGAGUCGGAGUUCCUGGUAGUUGACAGAGAGGACUUCCUUGCUAACAAGCUUGAUGAGGAAGUUCAAAAGGAAACACAGUAUCGAUAUGAAUUCUUCAGGCAACUGGAUCUGUUUCAAUCUUGGACUGAUGAGAAACUCCGGACACUGGUAAGCCUGGGAAGGAUAGAGAAGUUCUCGAGCGGACAGGUGGUGUCGAAGAACUUUAUGGAUUCAUCCUUUGUCAUAUUUAUCUGCAAGGGCAGCUGUGAAAUCCUGCGGCUGAUAGACCUUGCUAACUCCUCUUCCUAUUACAACUGGGUCUGGGAGCAUCUGGAACUGAUAGACCCAAAACCUCUGAGGGUUCAUCUCAAUGAAGUGUCUCCCAGGGAGAGAUUUAAGGAAUUCCAGAUCAAAUCAUAUCCUCUACAAGACUUUAGCUAUUUGAAACUUCUGCGUCUCCAGGAAGCCUGGGAGAAUAAGAAGAUGACCUCCAUUGGGAAGAUCAAUACUUCAGAAACUAGUCUCCCAAAGACAUUGGGCCCCAAAGUCAAAUCCAAGUAUGGUAAUCCACUCAGAUGUGCCAUGGUUGAUACCAAAUUUGGUGAGCUCCCCAAGAACGCUGUGGUGGCGGUCUACAUGAAGAUCCACACCGUGGAGAAAGGAGAUAUUGUGGGUUCUUACCAGGCCUUCCUCCCAGAGAACCAGCGUGACACGAGACCCUUCAUCCUCGUGAGCCAGGGAGCAGAGGUGAUACGGAUGAGAAAAGAAAAAUUCUAUGGUUUGAUGGAUGAAGAGACAAAAGAGAAGUUGUUACAGCUUGAGAUUGAGUACCCCAGUGAUGAAGUGCUAUGCCAGAGGUUCCUCAAGGAGAACAACUGGAAUAUCUUUCGGAAGGAUCUCAUACAGCUGCUGGUGGAGCCUCUCCGAAGGCAACCCUUUGUCCCAUUUAGGACCAAGAAGAAAGAGAUCUACAACCCCAAGUCUGUGUUUCUGGAUCUGCGUUCCAUAAACAAGAGGCGCAGAGCACGUUAUCCCAUUUUUUUAACCACCCAGAAAUACCUCCCCCCACUGAGGAUCGUUCAAGCUAUCUCAGCACCCCGGCACAAAAUCCAAGAACUCUUGCCUCAGUAUAAGAAUGCAGGGGUCCUUGUAUAG